AUGAACAUAAAAUCGACAAUUAUCGUGCUCGCGACAGCUUCUUUAGUCUGUGGUAUACAGUACGAUGGUCUUCGAGUGAAAUUCGGUUGGUCUGACGCACUGGUCGACAAGGAAUAUUUCUUCAGUAUUCCUCGCACAGCGAGCGAUGCUGAAGCCCAAGGUUGGAGACGGACGGAACGACCUCCCGGGCCUCUUCCUGAGCUCAGGAUGUACUGCUCUACCGGACGGAACGUGUGUCCGCUCUACGACACAGCGGGCUUUAUCGCUGGAAUGCAAAUUGCUAUACCUGUAGAAGGCUUCGAAUAUCCGCCUAUUGUAAAUCCAGAGAAAAAAUUGGUCAAGUGGACUGCACGAGCUUCUGACGGAGAACCCGAAAAGGAGUUUUGGACGGCAACGCAAUUCUUCGUAUCCGAAGAAUCUUUGAAGGCGGGUGCUGGACCGACAAUAGAAAAUGGCGCGACCCUGCAAGAUGGUGGCGUGUGGGUGCCAGGGCCGGACGGCCGCCUCAUGAGGGUUCCGAGUACGGAGGGCGAGUUGAACACCACAUCCUGGAAGAAACAAAACUGCAUCCCGAACAUGGGCACCCACUACCAUUACAAUAUGACACCGGACCUAAAGUGCGAGGAUCUAUUGCCUUGGUUCGCGCUGACGACCCAAGCCUACCUAGUCGGCUCCGGUUUCCAGGUCAUUGGGAAGAUUCCAAAACAGGUGCCUGAUUGGUUCGAAGACGUUCCCAGGGGCAGCGCAAGGAUGACGAUCCCGCUAGCACCAAAAUGCUUGUAUGACAACGCAGAUAAAUACGGUGUCGUUUCCAUACACAUCUACUUUAUAAACGAGCCCUGGACUAUUAAAUGCGUGGACGGUGACUCCAUCAAGAAGGCAGGCGUGGUCGACAGGCUGAAGUUGAAUGGCGCGAAAUACGCGUACAAAAUCACGGAUGGACUCAAGAACAUUUUCGGC